AAUUAGCGGUUCGAAGAAUGGACUGAAAAGAUGUGCCUUUCUUCUUCCUCCAACCAGCACAGGACCAAUGUGCUGAUGUCGCCAGAGUAGGUUAAAGCUGCAACGAAGACCUCACAUUUGAAAGGGCACUAGGAGAUGAAACGUCGGAUUUUUCCAGAGACUUUUCCUCAUAAAUCCGAGCUCGUCCGCCUGCGAUCGGGUGACGGCAGCGCACUACUCUGGGCGGAGGACCGAAGACACGACCAUUUCCCAAAUGGCACAAAACCACAUAAUGGGAAAUGGCUCAAAUGAGUUUGCCGUUCCUUUCUUGGAGCGCGAUGCCUGCUCUGCCAACAACACUUCAGAGGAGCCACAAGGCAAACAUCUGUGGCCCAGAGCAGAGGCCCGCAAAUGGAUGCCAGUGUUGUUUGUGGGGACGUGCCUGUUGUACUGUGCCCGGAUGACGAUGCCCGUUUGUGUGGUGGCGAUGGCAGCCACGUUCCGCUGGAACAAGAUCGAGUCUGGCCUGGCCCUGGGUGGAUUCUUCUGGGGCUACUCGUGCACUCAGAUCCUGGGGGGUCAUGCGAGUGACAAGCAAGUCUUUCUACUUGGCUCACUUCUGCAGGCUUCACACACUUUUGGGGUCCAGGAAACCCCUCAUAAUCCCAACGGCAAUAUUGUAUGUGAUUUAUCCACAAAAAUUUGACCUGAGAAUUGGAGGGGAGCGAGUCCUGCUCUUCUCAGCCACCUCGUGGGCGGUGGUCACAGCCAGCACACCAGCUUUGGCCCACUUUGGCUCUCGCACCCUGGCUCUAAUGACCAUGGCCCGAGUCUUCAUGGGAAUACUGCAAGGUGUAUUCUUCCCAUCUUUGGCCAGUCUGAUCGCACAGCGUGCACCAGAAGGGGAGAAGAGCUUUUUAAACAGCAUCAUGCAGAGUGGUAGCUCUCUUGGAAUACUGUUGGCAGGCUUGCUGGGCUCCGUACUGCUGGACCGAUAUGGUUGGGAAAGUGUAUUCUAUGCUGUUGGUCUUCUGUCUGGAUUCUGGGCGCUCGUUGUGUGGCAGUGUUUCCUGAAAGGCAAAGCUUAUCCAAAGCAGAAAGAAGGAAGAGAUGACUCCCAAUCAAGGAGUUUUGCAUGUACACAUCUGCUGAGCCUCUUCAAAAAACCAUGCGUCUGGGCCAUGGUCUUGGCUCACCUGUGCACAUGCGGCACCUCCUACACGUUACUCUCAUGGAUGCCGACAUACUUCCAUGAAGAAUAUCCCCACGCCACGAUGUGGGUGUACAAUGUGUUCCCUUGGGCGGCUGCCAUUCCGGCGGCGCUUUGUGGCGGAUAUCUCUCCGAUUCGCUCAUCAGCCAAGGAUACAGUGUCGCGUUUGUGAGAAAGUCCAUGCAAUUCAUCGCCAUGGGCGUGUCCAGCGCUUUUGUCUUGCCGCUGUCUGUCGAGGUGUCCUUUCCCAUCGCCGUCAUCUGCAUCUCUGCUGCGAUGGUUGCACUCUCCUUCACCAGCUGUGGUGCAUCUGUGAAUGUGCAGGAUCUCACUCCUUCACGGGCCGGUGCCCUCUUUGGCUUCAUGAAUAUGCUCGGAGCUUUCACGGGUGUGCUGAUGGUGUCGCUGUCGGGUUACAUGAUUGAGGUGACCCAGUCGUGGGCGUCAGUGUUCUACCUCAUUGCCUUCGUCCACUGCUUCGGCCUCGCCGUCUUCCUCUACUUUGGAGAUGCCCAACGCGUCGACCUCUCAGCUUUCAUACAAUAA